GUCGACCACCUUGCUGCUGCCGCCGCUACAUUUGCUGCUCGCCACCCCGCUGUACACUGUAAUUCAUUGAAUCAAGCGCGGCUCGGGCCGACGGCGCCGACCACAAUGCAGCUACAGAGUGUAGCCCUAGGGUCUCGCUUACAGUGGCGUCGAGUCGAAAGUAUCAAUUGAAAAUCCCCCUGCAGUGAAUUGAUACAUUUUGCGCGCCACGAGGACGGGGGAAGGUGCACGUUGGAGGCAUGACGUGUAAAAGUCAUCUCGCCAGCAGAGAGCUGCAGCUCAGGCCGGAUAAGCGCGGCUCGGCGGCUGACCGGGCGGCGGCCGCCGGCUGCAUGAGAAAAUGCCCAACGCACGCGCGUAUCGGCGGGCCAGGCCAUGUUUCUGGCGGCAAAGUAUGCGGCGGCGGAGGGAGGUGUCGGCACUGAGCUCUGAGGCUCUGCCGGAGCCCGGCAAUUAGUCAGUCAAUCGAGCACAUCGGAGCGGUACCGCAUGCCCCAGCUAUCCGGCACAUUCCGACUCCCACCGCUCUCAAAAACCUGCCAGUAUGCAUGUCCCCGACGUUGACGAUGCAUCGGUUUCCACGGGAAUGAGCUUUUAUGAGCCAAUCCCGGCUGCGCAGGAACCUCCGAGAACGCGUGUCUGCGACUUGUGAACCGGGGUCUGAAUGUUGCAGCCGAGAUCACACACAGCGCGGCUUGAUUCCAAGUCGGAUAGUCGCGGAUGGUUUACGCCGGGCUGCAGGGUGGGGGCGUGGGUGGAGUCGGCCCAGCCGGCGCGCGUCCGAGCCGCUGCCGCGUUACCAACCUGAUGGAGCGAGGCCGCAUACCGGUAUGCACAUCUGCGCGCAGCCCUCGUCCCGGUUCUAAUGUAGUGGCGGCGGUGGCGGCGGCGCUGGUUGCCGCAGCACUCGCUGACCUGUCGCCAGCAGGCAGGCAGCAACUGAGAGGGAGCCGGAGGGGCGUAAGCGAGAGCCCGAAACCUGCUCUUUGAAUCCACCAGUGACAGCGAGCGCGGUAUCAAGGCGUGGCUCGGCUCUGGCCGUUACCCUUCCGCGCACACUGGCUGUCUGUAUGACUGGCUGGUCCGAGAAUCCACGGCCGGCGGCUGCACUCGCACUCACUUCCUAAAGGUCGAGCUCGAUAGAACUUGCCGCUGCCGUAACUCAGGCGAGGCCUCCCCCCCUCCCGUAAUAUGAUGACCGUGCUGCCGCUCGCCGACACGACCGCGACCGCCAGCAAGAAGCGGCGCCGCAGCAUCGAGCCCGUGGACUCGAGCAAGAUCCUGGCCAUGCCGCUGAGCAUGUCCCCGCGCGCCAUGGCCGCCAGCCCCGUGCGCGCCGCGCUGCAGCACACGACGGCGGCGACGGCGGCGACCGCCAGCAAGCCGCACGGCAGCGAGGAGCUGCUGCGCCGCAGCCUCAUGGGCCUCUCACUGCAGCUCAAGCUCAAGAUGAUCCUCGUGGAGGCCUGGGCCUCGGACAUGAACAGCGUCGUGAUGGAGCGCAACCUCUUCGCCAUCGCCAAGGAGCUGGCCAUCCUCAAGGAGAUGGGCGUGUACGAGCAGCACACGUGCGUGCGCUUCCUCGAGCUCGCGCGUAGCCGCAUGACGCAGCUCUUGGAGCAGACCGAGCGCCACGAGACGCUGCACAUGAAGGCCGAGCAGAUGUGGACCAUGGCGCUCAUCCAGGCGCAGGAGGCCGUGAGCUCGCCGCCCGCCAGCCCGUCCGCCGUCAGCGAGUUCCCGCUGCUCAGCGGCUUCGACGCCAGCAGCCGCGACAUCUCGGUGCUCUGGCGCGCCAUGUCCAUCGCGCGCGACCGCGGCGCCCAGCUGUGGCACGAGAACAAGCCCGAGCAGGCGCUGCCCUUCCUGCUGGCCGCCGACUCGUACAUGAAGCGCUUCACGCUCAAGUACCAGCGCCUCAAAGUGGACCACGCCAUGGUGGACACGCUGCAGAAGGCGCCCGCCCAGGCGCCUAAGCGCACGCACACGCGCGUGUCGUUCGCCGAGGAACCGCAGGUCAUGGGGGUCGCAGAUGCCGAGGUGGACCGAACACCCAUCUGCCCCACCAAGCCGUCCAAGCUCGAGUCCCUGCUGCUGCGCACGUCGCGCGAGUUCCCGACGCCCCCAUUCUAGACGCCCAUCAUUUAACUACUACUACCCCCAGGUCUCAACGGAAGGCCCACGUACUCUAGUUAGGUAACUUAAAAGACGCAAUGGUUCACACAUCACGCUCUUCUUACGCUUAUCGCGCUCGAUUCCGGCGCUGACCUUACGACGCCAGGGUCGACUCACCACAGUCGUUGCAUCGGUGAGCGGGGGGCAAGCGGUCCUGCAGCAACACAUCCUGCUACCGAACCGUAAGCAAAUGCACUGUAUCAAAAGCGAGCCGGAAGCCGGGAGACCAUGUGUGAGGGUACUGAAUGCUACUGUGUCGUGUGUGUGCUUUAUCUAUCGAGACGUCGUCGCCCUACACGUGCGUUGCCGCCGCCGAUAUAUCGCUCGGAUCCGUUAGUCGAACCGACGAGAUAAAGGCGCUCGCCGCAUGCCACGCUCGCUCGCAGUAUGUAGGGGCCAGCGCUGCUGUAAGUGCUCUGGGGCACUUGGUGUUUUGUGUUGGUUGUAUAGUACAGAAAGCAGGCGAGUCGCGCGCCAAGUUGCGGCGCGACUCGUUCGCUUCAACUGCGUGUUAGUUGGCUGCUUGUCCUGGUCAACGACAUCGUCCUCUUGUGCAUCUCUCCAUCGUUCCGACCCGCCUGUCCAUCUCAUUCUGCCGACGUCCUUCGUCGACUGCCUACGCCUUGAGCUUCCAGAGUUUCAGCUUGAAGCCGAAGAAGUCCGAGGCCGUGGACGAGAAGGCGGAUAAGACCACCACGCGCGUGAGGUUGUACAGGAGCGGGUUCAUGGUCAAGCCCGACACCUUGUUGGGCGAGUUCAGCUCCUGCAGGAGACAACAAGAAGACACAAACGUCAGCGAAUUCCGAGCGUUCAGCUGCUUCGCUUGCUACACACUUCAGACAGACAGACGGACGGACCUUCAGCAGCUUGCACGCGAGCUUCAACACGUUGUUGGAGACCAGCAGCUUCUCCUUCUUGUGAGGCUUCGCCAGCAGACGGAGGUAAACGUUCAUCUGUUCCACGGCAGCAAGGCGGUAAGCCAGCUUAGUACCACGUGACGACGCAACACUCAAGUGAUUCCGAACAUCAAACAGCACAAACCUGCUCUGUCAGAAGCAGCGAGGUGUUCUGGUACUUCUUGUUGAUGUUGGAGCCUAGCAUCAUGAAACGCAACAUGAACACACUGCGCGCGCAGAUCAAAAGACGACAGACACACUGGUCAGUGAGCGCGAGAGCAACCCCACAACGAGGAAGCCACGCAACGUACGAGGACAGCAUGCACCAGAUAGCCACUUCGAUGUGAACGAUGCUCUCGGACGAGAGCGAGCCGGAUCCGUCCGAUACAGCCUGCAUGCCCAUGACCACGAGGAGCACGAGGAUGACCACAAAAGACGAGGACACAAUUUCAUCGGCCGCGCGUUGGCGACCCUGGCGCUUGAGCCAAGUGCGUCCACCGCGGAGCGAGAUCCACGCCUUGAUGUUGACCACGUUCUUCAGACGGAAAUGCGGUAGGUUCGCCAAACGCGAGCGCCGUGACGACGUCAGCGCUGUAAAGCACUUAGCGUAUCUGAAUGAUCCAAUAACACCAGCACACGCGUAAGCGCUCCAUUUCGCACGCACAAAUAUGCAAAACGCAGAUACUUACAGGAAUCGACGGUGGUACGUGACUUCGGCAUCCGCAAGCGCGUCGAAAAUGAUGGACGCCAUGAAGUACGUCGACAGCAUGCACGAGAUGGCAAUGAACGAUGCACCGGAUGCGAGGUCUUCGGCAUGGACGUACAAGCGGUCUACCGAGAGCUCUCUGGACAACUGUGCCAUCCACGAGAGCACCUCGAGCGGUUCCUGCGUCACCGCAAGGCAGUCGACAUCCUGACACUUAAUCGCACACCGCAGUGCGAUCGGCACCAGCGCCAGCAUUAUCGCUGAGACCUGUGCAACCUUCCGAUAGAAAAUCCGCGUCGGCGUUGCUUUCACCUGAAUAUGGCCAUAACACACCACGCGUGUAAGAUACCAGUACAACAGCAAUCGAUGCUCCUGCUAUAACUAGUUUAAGUUAGCUGGAUACACAAUGGCAUGGAUUCUCACCUUGGCAAGAAUCGUAUUCCGCAGCUCAGUGAUGGACAUUGCUCGCUUUACAGGAAAGCCAUCUUCCCAUACACACAC